CCCGGCUGUCUCCGGGACAACCGCCGUUGGCGGCAGCGGGCGGGCGGGCAGGCGGCGCCAUGAGCGAGCAGCCCCCGCUGCGGCCCCUCUACUUCCCCCCCUUCCACGACCGCGCCGAGCCCGGCGCUCCCCCGGCCGAAGGCGGCGGCGGCCCGCGGAAGCUCUUGGCGGCCGUGUGCGGGCCGUGGCAGCCCCCGCCGGCCGCCGUGGCGCCCCGCUGGCCCCCGGGGCUGGCGCCCAUCGCCUACGAGCCGCUGCGCUUCUUCUGCCCCGCGGCGGCGGAGGAGAGCGCGGGCGCGGCGCGGCGGCCCGGGGAGCAGCCGCAGCUGGAGGGCGAGAUCUGCGAGCUGGGCAUCCGCCUCAAGGAGCUGGAGCUGCUGGCCCUCGUCGGCGACGGCUUCGACCCGCAGCAGUAUAAACUUCUGAAGGCACUAAAAGAAGAAAAGAUACAACGCAUGAAAGCAAGGCAGAAACUGAAGAAACAGUCACCAAAAUGAUUAAGAUUAUUUGAGCUGUAUGUUCUGUCACUACAGAGUAUUUUAAUGGAUAUUCCCUAUAAUUUUUUCUACUUGUUACAUGCUAUUCUCUCACUAAAUUAAAGAAACACAGUAUAUUGUCUUUUUGA